AUGGCGCAGAAGGCUGUGUUGGCAGACGUACACGUGCACCAGGACGUACACGUGCACCAGGACGUACACGUGCACCAGGGCGUACACGUGCACCAGGACGUACACGUGCACAAGGACGUACACGUUCACCAGGAAGACGUACACGUGCACCAGGACGUACACGUGCACCAGGACGUACACGUGCACCAGGACGUACACGCGCACCAGGACGUACACGUGCACCAGGACGUACACGUGCACCAGGACGUACACGUGCACCAGGACGUACACGCGCACCAGGACGUACACGUGCACCAGGACGUGCACGUGCACCAGGACGUACACGUGCACCAGGGCGUAGCCACGUGCACCAGGACGUACACGUGCACCAGGACGUGCACGUGCACCAGGACGUACACGUGCACCAGGGCGUACACGUGCACCAGGAAGUAG